CUCUGCCCGUCCUCCUCAAGGAGCACGGCUGCCUCCUGGCUGUCCUCCAGCAACACCAACUUUGCCUUCCGCCUGUACCGGAGGCUGGUUUUGAAGACUCCGGACCAGAACGUCUUCUUCUCCCCACUGAGUGUCUCCGCUUCCCUGGCCAUGCUAUCCCUUGGGGCCCGCUCAGCCACCAAGACCCAGAUCCUCCAGAGCCUGGGGUUCAACCUCACGCAUGUGCCAGAGCCCGCCAUGCACCAGGCCUUCCAGCACCUGCUCCAGUUGCUCAGAGCCCCCAGCGCAGACCUGGACCUGAGGAUGGGGAGUGUCCUCUUUCUCAAAAAGGAGCUGAAGCUGCAGGCAAAUUUCUUGGACAACAUCAAGAGGCUGUAUGAGUCCAAAACCUUUUCUAUCGAUUUCUCAAGCACCUCCACUGCCCGGGAGAAGAUCAACAGCUAUGUGGAGAAGGAGACCAAAGGGAAGGUGGUGGACUUAAUCCAAGGCCUUGAACCUCUGACGGUCAUGGUCCUGGUGAACCACAUUUUCUUUAAAGCCAAGUGGGAAAAGCCCUUUAACCCUGGCUCUACAAGGAAGAGCUCCCCAUUCCUGGUGGGCAAGAAGACCACUGUGAAGGUUCCAAUGAUGCACCAGGUGGAAGAGUUUGCCUUUGGAGUGGACCCAAAAGUGGACUGCUCCGUGCUGCAGAUGGACUACGGUAGACACACUACAGCCUUCUUUGUCCUCCCUGGCCAGGGCAAGAUGAAGCAGCUGGAACAGGCCUUGUCAGCCAGGACACUGAGGAAUUGGGGUCACUUACUCCAGAAAAGGUGGAUAGAGGUGUUCAUUCCAAAAUUCUCCAUUUCUGCCUCCUAUGACCUAGAAACCAUUCUCCCAAAGAUGGGCAUCCGGGAUGCCUUUGAUAAAAAUGCUGAUUUUUCCGGAAUUACAAAGAGAGACUUCCUGCAGCUUUCCAAAGCCGCCCACAAGGCUGUGCUGGACGUCAGCGAGGAGGGCACAGAAGCCACCGCGGCCACGGCCACCAAGCUCAUAGUCCGCUCGAAGGACGGCCCCUCUCACACCGUUGUCCGCUUCGAUCGGCCCUUUCUGCUGCUGCUGAUCAAUAGAGCCACAGAGGCCAUUCUCUUCCUUGGGAAAGUUGAAAAUCCCACGAAAUUCUAG